AUCCGUAUUACCAAGUAAACGCAACAUUUAGAUCUCGAUGUCAUAAAAAAUCGCGAAAAAUCGGCAUCAAUAAUAAUAUCGGAAAUGAGAUAGAUUUGAAGAAGCCUGAACACAUGAAGCAUGGAAUUUCAGGCGUUUGGGGUGGUCCUGCGUCUAUUUGUGAUACGCCAAUGAGAUUGAUAAACGCUACGUUUGAUUGGCUGAAACAAGAGUGGGCAAGCAAAAUUGAUUUUGUUCUUUGGACUGGAGAUAAUUCUAGACAUAACAACGAUGACAAAAUUCCACGUAAAUACUCAGAAAUCUUUCAAGUAAAUCGUAUAAUUGCUUCAAAAUUCCAAGAAACAUUCUCAAGACCUGGCAAAUAUUCACCAGCAAUGGUUCCAAUAAUACCGGUAAUCGGUAACAACGAUAUCUACCCAAGUAACAUAAUUGCACAUGGUCCAAACGAUGCUCUUCAAAAACUAAGUGAAAUUUGGUCCGCAUUCAUUCCGAAAUCUGAAAUGUCAACAUUUCGUAAAGGAGGAUACUAUGCGACAGAAGUGAUCAAGGAUAAAUUAAUUGUUGUCUCGUUGAACACGUUAUAUUUCUUUCGACUGAAUACGGCGGUUCAAGGUUGCGCAGAUCAGUCACAACCAGGCACCGAACAAAUCGAAUGGUUAAAUAACGUGCUACUGAAGGCCAAAAAACAACAGAAAAAAGUUUAUUUGAUUGGUCAUGUGGCACCAACAAAGAAACAUUAUACAAUAACAUGUUGGAACAAGUACGGAAAAUUGGCACAGAAAUAUCAUGAUGUUAUUUUGGGACAUUUCUUUGGGCAUUCCAAUGUGGACCACUUUUAUUUUAUUCGUACCACUAAAAAAGGAAUUAUUAAAUCAUUAGGUGAAAAAUUCGAUGAUGACUCUGAUUAUGAAAACGAACUAGAUAAUGAGUCAGAAUUUGAAACAUAUGAAGAGGAUGAAGAAAAAAUAAUGUCUCCGUUUGAUUAUGAAAAUGACGAUGGAUUCGUAAGCUCAUUGAAAAUUGAAAAGUUCACCAAUCGAUUGUUAAAGCAUUAUGCAUCGUUGAUUAACGAUAACAUAACUUUAAAUCAUUACAGUGUGAUUCACGUGAAUCCCUCCGUGAUUCCAACGUUUUAUCCAGCUGUACGAGUAUUUCAGUAUAAAUCUGAAGAUGAUGAAAUUGGAUGUAGAAAUAGCAAAAAUAAUGACGAUAACUAUCUCGUUCCUUUCAACUAUGUGCAAUACUUUGUGAAUCUCACUCAUGCUAAUCUUGAUCUAUAUUCAGCCAAUCGACCCAACUUUCAAAUAGAAUAUACGACCAGAGAUGAUUACAACAUGACAGAUUUAUCAACUCAUAGUUGGCUGAAUUUGGCGAGAAGGAUCAUAAGAGAUGCCAAAGAAGAGGGUCCGUUAAUUAAAAAAUUUAAGGAUCAUUUGGUAGUUUCGACUCGUGCGAUGGUUAAAGAAAGGAUGGGUUAA